AGCACACAGAUGCAAAGGAGGGAGGGGAGUCAGCCACGGCACCUCCGGCUCACCUGAGACUGCAGCGCAAACCACCACAGGACAGCAAGACAAGUCCCACUCUGAGGAGCCAGCGAGUCCGCUUGGGAAGAAAUGAUGGUUUUGGACUGAGAGGAGUGAGCGGCAGAUCACAAGGAAAUCAUCUGACACCUUCUUCAGCAACUAGGUGAAUCCCCGAACAAGAGGGUGAAACGUCCAGGAUGGAGAGGCCUCCACAGAUUUGGCACAUGCCCCCCUCCGACCAGGCAGGCGAGCUGCAGAAGAAGGUUUCCAUUGCCAACCAGCCCGAGUGCUCCAUCUGCUACAACAGCUAUGACAACGUCUUCAAGACGCCCAAACUGCUGGAUUGCACGCACAUCUUCUGCCUGGAGUGCCUCUCCCGCCUCAUGUCCGUGUCCCGCGCUGAAGGCAACAGCACCCCUCUUCUCUCCUGCCCCUUCUGUCGGCAGCCCACCCUGCUGCCCGAGGCCGGACCCCCGGCUCUGACCACCAGCGCCGAGGUCCUGUGCAAGCUGCCGGCGCACCAGCGGCAGGAGCAGUCGGUGUGGCUGGACGGGCAGAAGCUGUGCAGCAAGAGCACCAGGCACAACCCCAGCACGGAGGCCCCCGACAGCCCCACGGCCCUCUGCAUCUGCAUCGACAUCGGGGUCAGCAAGUCGGUCGACUCCCCGGUAGAGACGGAGACCCGGACUCACAGGGCGACGGGUCGAUUCGGCGACUGGAGGCGGGUGCUGCUGUUCGUGCUGCUCAUGGUUUUGCUGGUGGUGGUGGUCCUGUGGCCGCUGCAGUGCGUCUUCAGCACCGGGAACAUGCGCUGCACCCAGAGACCCAAGGAUCCCUUGACCACAGUGGCCAGCAUGACGUCGCACACCUCCACUGAGAGGCCCCCCCUCCACCACUGAGAGACUCUCGCCGCGUGAUCUCCGGACUCAAUGUACAUACCUGAACUUGAAAAUCAGAACGCUGGGGAGACACCCAGGUUUGGACUGGACUCAAAACAGCUCCAACCUGUUUAUCUCCCAAACUCCACUAUGAUUCACCGAUGAACAAAGGGUUUACAGCAGUGACUUGCCGGUGGUUCACUGUUGAAAAGCAUUUGGAUCCCAUUGAUUUAGAAGCCUCAACAUACCAGAUCACAAACGCACAGCGAAUCACUGGACUUUUAACAAUGAAAUGUCACAUUUUAAACACUGUUUUCCAAGCCUGGGAACCGGCUUGCAGGAAACAAACUGUAUCUAAUCCAAGGUGCCCAGAUGAACCCCAGUUCACCUGCCAGGACCUGCACGUGCCGCUUCUAGAUGAUUGACAGCUGAUCCCAGUUGCUGCUGCCGAGACCUUCCACACUGAAUGAACUUAUUUUUAAACAGCUUGGUUGAACAGUUUGCUGGGAACUGGACCAGCAAACUGGCAUGUUUGCUCGCGAUGUAUUCCUGUAGAACACCAGCCAUCUUGAACUGGUCAGGUAAAAGCAUGAAGGGAGUCAGGAGAACAAAAGCGACUCCUCAGAGCUUCCAGCAGCGCGUGCAUUUCAAACAUGUUCUCCGCGAUAGAGUCAGCCAAGCCUUUCUGUGCCGCUCCUGUGCGAGUGGACUGUGUACACAGCCAUAAAGCUCAAUGUGUGUCUCCUUGUUUUCCUUCAAGUCACGUUCCCCGCCAUAAAAACACAGACAGAUGUCCUAUAUUUGCACUUUAAUCAGUUUGGAGUUUGAAACCAGCUGUUUGGAAUAGCAGCGUGCAUGUCAUGUCGAGACAGUCCUGUUUGAAAGCCGCACCAGAAUGGAAGGGCAAGGCUGAAAGUCUGAUUUCAUGAUCGUGUUUACAGGAGGCUGUCAAUA